GCUCACAAAAAAAAAAUAAAAUAAAAUUCCAGCAAAUCUUUUUUAUUUUUUUUAAUCUUUUCUGCUUUCACUUAUUUCUUUUCAAAUGAAACCCAACCGGUAAUCACUGAAAAUUCGAUCAAUGGCGAUCGCGUCUCCAUCGACAACAACGUUUUCUGCUUCCUUCUGUUGCAAACGAGCUGAGUCUACUCACCCAACUCUCUUCCCUUCUAUCUUGCCCACUCAACGGGCUCACCGCCUUCCAACUCGCCGAUUCGCGAUCAACUCCCGACUCAACUCCUCAAAAUUCUGCGGUUCCCUUUCUCCUGACAAUGGCGGAAGCCAAGAUUUCGAGCAGUACGAGCUUCAACACGGAUUCACUGGCCCGAUGGAGCGGCUGAAGAAGGGAUCGCCAGUGUACGUGAUGCUGCCGGCGGAUUCGGUGAGAAAGGAUGCAAAAGUGAGGAGGGUUAAGGUCUUGGCGGCGUCUUUGAGGGCGUUGGUGACUGCUGGAGUGGAAGGUGUGGUUAUGGAGGUUUGGUGGGGGGUAGUGGAGAGGGAGAAACCUAUGGUUUAUAAUUGGGGAGGAUAUUUGGAUCUUGUGGCGUUAGCCAGACGGUGUGGGUUGAAGGUUAGAGCUGUCUUGGCUUUCCAUCAACAUGGCAUUGGACCUGGAGACCCUUUAUGGAUUUCUCUUCCUCAAUGGGUGCUUGAAGAGAUGGAUAAAGAUCCAGAUAUAGCGUAUUCUGAUCGAUUCGGUAGAAGAAACAUGGAAUAUAUUUCUCUUGGAUGUGACAUGUUUCCUGUGCUGAAGGGACGAUCACCACUCCAAGCUUAUUCAGAUUUUAUGAUGAACUUCAGAGAUGCUUUUAGACCUUUUCUUGGUUCUGUCAUUACGGGGGUCCAAAUCGGCAUGGGUCCUGCAGGUGAAUUAAGGUACCCUUCAUGCUCAUCACAGGAGCUCGCAUGGGCUUGGCGUUCACGUGAACUUGGAGAGUUUCAAUGCUGCGAUAAGUAUAUGUUAGCAUGUCUGAAUGCCUGUGCUCAUGAUGUUGGAAUGCGUGAAUGGGGAUCUGGAGGCCCGAUUGUUGCUGGGAAUUUGGUGCAUGGCCCUGACAAUACUGAUUUUUUCAAAAGGAACGGCGGAUCUUGUAAUACCCCAUAUGGGGAGUUUUUUCUUCAAUGGUAUUCUGGGAUGCUGCUGCUUCAUGGGGAAAGGAUAUGUAGGGAAGCCAAGACCAUCUUUAAGGGCACUGAAGUUGAUACUACAGCCAAACUGGCCGGGAUCCACUGGCAUUAUGGCACACAAUCUCAUCCAUCUGAGUUGACAGCUGGCUACUACAAUACUUCAAGAAGAGAUGGGUACUUGCCGGUUGCUCGCAUGUUCGGCAGAUAUGGUUUCGGUUUAUGCUGCUCCGUCUUUGGAAUGAGAGACGUGGAAGAAAAACAGACAAACCCAGUUAGCAGUCCAGAGGAUUUUCUUAAACAGCUUUUAUUGGCAGCCAGGGUCUGUCAAAUACCAAUGGAAGGUGAAAAUUCUGCCACCUUUUUGGAAGAAGAAUCGUUUGAACAGGUGCUAAAGAUGACAAAAUUCUUUUCAUAUGGUCCUGGAAACCCCUCAUUUUCUUUCAACUUUAUGAGAAUGGACAGAUACCUCUUUGAACAACAUAACUGGGCUCGCUUCACUCGUUUCGUAAGGCAAAUGUCAGGGUCCAAUAUUUUUCGAGCCAGAUUAGAUUUUGGAGGCGAUGUACACCGAACUUCAAUGUCAGAUGCUGUAAAAGCUAAGAGUUGCAUGUACAUAUUGUUGAGGAAGAAAGAUUCAAACCCAUAUCCAAACCAGCAAGACAAAUCUUACAGUUCGACCGCCAACACUCGGUCUAUGUACCUUACCUAUAGCAGUACAUAACGUGAUGAUCUCUGAUAGAUUGUCGCCAAAUGUGCAGUGAUGCCACGCUUUCAAUCAUUUUUUCCCCUUAAUCAUGCAGGGUUCUUAUUAUGGACCAGAUUAAUUGUCUGUGUACAUCUUGCCUCUCUAAUAUUUUUGAAGUGGCCGGCGUCUCAUCAAUUUGUACUUGAAAACAUUUCUUAUGCUUGUAAUGAUACGUAGUACAUAUCUGUCCUCCCUGCAUGGUGAAUCGACCCCUGUCGGCUUGUCUAAAAUUA